AUGAGUAUGUUUAGAAGAGUUGCUGGGAAGACGUUGGGCUUACUAGGGUAUGCCAUCCAGUAUGGCUGUAUAGCCCACUGUACGUUUGAAUAUAUUGGAGAAGUUGUCAUAUGUUCAGGACCCUCUAUGGAACCUACCAUACAGAAUUAUGAUGUUCUGAUAUGUGAUAACUUAAGCCGACACCUAUAUUCAAUUCAUAAGGGCGAUAUUAUAGUAGCUAAAAGUCCCAACAAACCGAGCAUUAACAUCUGCAAGAGGGUAAUUGGAUUGGAAGGUGAUAAAGUCUGUACCAGCGGCCCAUCUGACCUCAUCAAGAAGCACACAUAUGUUCCAAAAGGCCAUGUCUGGUUAGAAGGUGACAAUUUAAAAAAUUCCACAGAUUCUAGAAUUUAUGGACCAGUUCCCUAUGCCCUUAUACGAGGAAGAGUUUGUUUUCGGAUAUGGCCUCUUCACUCUAUCGGAGCACUUCAGGACAGUCCCAACGGCCGACUAUUAAGAUGA